ACACUUUCUUCUUCUUCCUUUCCUUUCUUUAUUUUCUUUGGGACCUUUCCUUGCUUUAUUUUUUUUUCCACGGUCCCAAACAUACCUUUGGAUAAAGUUUACACAAGGCCGUUCUGUUCAUCUCCAAAUGAAAGCAUAGAGACGGGAGAGACUCCAAUGGCGUCAACCGUCAUCUCUCCUCCAUCCAGCACCUAAUUUUCUUCUUCAGCGACUCUCUCACCCCAAAACCUCUGUUUCUUCUCUCCGUGUCCAUUUGAGGACCUUAUCAUCUUCCAUACUCGGUCGGUUCUAGAAUUUCCAUGCAUCAACGAAACCUCACAAACAAGUCCUGUGACCAUCAGGAGCAAGAGAAAUGGUCAGAUUCUGCCCCUUCUGUUCUUCCCUCUGCACUCCUCUUUGACUGCGAUGGUGUGCUUGUCCACACAGAAAAAGAGGGCCAUAGGAUUUCUUCUGCAACACUUUCUCAGAAGUCUCUGCAAUGGUUUCAUUCUUGCUGGGACCCGAGCAAGCAGAAAAAAUUAAGAUAUUUGCAGGAGAUGUUGUUCCUUGUAAAAAGCCUGAUCCAUUGUGUUCUGGUUGAGGACAGCGCAAUAGGUCUUGCAGCCGCCAAAGCUGCUAGCAUGAAGUGUAUUGUGACAAACAGUGGGUUAUGGAAUACUCAGAUCCAGUAAGUGCAUAAAGGGAGCAAAUAGAAGUAAAUGCUGCUCCAAGAAAGCCACGGAUUCUACUUGCUGCCAUCCAAGUAAGAGCAGUCGCAACUUCACAUGAGCUCCGCGAGUGGGAUGAUAUCAUGGUGUUCUACUGUAGAUUGCUGGGGGAUUGUGUGACAGCCUGCUGACCUGCAAUGUGCGAGCAGGGGACUACAGUAAGCCAUUCUUUGUGACGCCAGCCACGAACACCUUCAUGGAAUAAUCCUUUUAUGGAGCGGAAUUUCUCUAGUCUCACCCGUGACUAAGAGGCUAGCUUGCGGAGAUUAUGGAAAUAGUGCAACGGCUGAACCAUCUCUCAUUUUCCCAGUAGUGAGACUCUUCCUAGAAUCACGGGCUCAAUCUAGUGGCGGAAAUGUUCCUUUACGAGUGCCUAAAAUUUUCAUUUCUGGGAAUAAAUGUUCCUUAAUGAGUGCCAAAAAUUUUCAUUUGUAAAAAUGAUGGAAUUGAUUCAACUAAUAGUUAUAAAAUGCUAGAUGUGGAGAUGCAUUGUUGUUUCUUGUUCAUGUUAGGUCUAUGUAGCAUAUUUAAGUCUAGGGCAGUGGGACUGUGGGAGUGUGCACAAUAUGCGCCCCUCUACAUGGGUUGGGUAAAGUUCGGACUUUCACCGGUGGAUGUGGCCUUAAGGAAUUCUUUGCACUCAAGAGAUUGAACUAUUAGGUUUUCAUUGUAGCCGCGCAACAUCACUUGGCCUAUGAAUAUAAGAUUAAUAUGCCACGGUUUUCUGGUAUGAAAACUCAGAAAAAAAAAAAAAAGGAAAAAAAAAAUCGUUUUUGAAUUUUAUUUUAUAGUUCUUUGAAAAGAGUUUUUUUUUUUUUUUUUU